GGGGUAGGGGGCGUGUAGAAGAUAAAUCUGCAUUCUGCCUCCGCCGCUGGUCAGAGACAGCAGCAGCAGCCACAGAGCACGCUCAAGGAGACGCGCCAUCAGCCAGCAUCUCACCUGAUAAACAAACAGUCGGCAAUAGAAAGAAGGCGCCACAUUGACUUUUGAGCUUGCCGCUGUACAAAAGGAAAGAUCCGCCAAAGCUAUGCGGCCACGAUCCAAACUGCUCUCCAAGGGAGAAUUGCUCCUCCCUACGAUCAGGGAGGGCACAGAGGAGACACUGAGAGAUUUGAAUGAGACCAAGACGCAACGUGUUGCUGAAGGCGUCUCUUCUGACGACUACCUCCUCUCCAUCUGCCACCUGGCGCACCCCACGUUCCCCACCGGCGACAUUUCACCCAGUGCACACCAAGUAGACGGAGUGUAUCAGAGGAGGCGGGCAUCACGCCACAGCGAGACUAAAUCCUUGACGAGCAACCACAAACAAAAAGCUGUGCGGCAGGUAGAAUGCAAUGAAGUAUUAGGCAGCUCAGACCCCCUGGAGUAUCUUUACGGCCAUCACAACAACCUUUCGACUUGUCAGUCAAGAUUCAAAGUUUGCCCACAUGAUGGAAGUCAACGCGAGAGUGAGUGGGAGAGGCCGGCUCGCUCAAGAGCUCACAGCAUCCCCCACGCUGCAAGUCCUGGUCUCCCACGGCAACGCAAGAGCAGCUGCCCUGAGAUACACGCCAAGAGUGCCACGACCAUUUUGAGCGUCUCCCCAAAACACAACCGACAAAUUCUGAUGGUCGAGAAGGAAAGUGUGUCAGAGAGCAAAGCAGACGGUGAGGUGGUGAACCCAAACAAGAGGCACUCGAUGGUCUCACAGUGGAUUUCUGAUUGCAGGUCAGCCUGGAGGGAGGGACGAAUGCGAACCUGCAUGCUCCCUGCCAUCACCGAGAUAUAGAACCUUCAAUCAGAAACAUUCAGUUAAAACAAACUUUUAGGCUAUUUCCACCAAGCAGUCCAAAAUUUUGCUCAGAAUGGCACAAAAUGAAAUGGUAAACUUCGGUCAGGCGGGAUUGCAGAUGGUGAUUACCAUGUCAACUACCAGAGCGGUAGUUGUGCGUCACAUACACGAGUCUUAACCUUCAAGUUUCAAGCGAGUCCCAGUUAGUACAGCAAAGCAAGUGGAAUCCCUUCAAAAUUUCAUUCAAUCUUGUUUUGUCCCAACUUACAUUUUCAUUAGCUACUUCGUACCGGUUUGCUACUUGCGUUAAUUAGCUGUUUUAACACCGCCGCAUUUUUCAGUGGUUCAAAAGCCAGUCUCUGUAUCAUCUGUUGUAUCGUUUAUUGAAAUAAACGCUUAAUGUUUGACAAGCUAUUGGUUGGCUAAACUGUGGAAUUAACAUAGUUUAACUGUCUUUACUGCACUGUUUAUAUGCCUUUAGCUUACGCAUCUCUUUUUCACAUUUGAUCAAACUUAAUCUUUGAAUCGGAGUUCCCUGCACCAUAGGCAACGUGUUUCACAAAACAGUACUUGGUUAACUAUCCUCCAUACUCAUAUUGGGUUGUCAAGUUUGUACAUGUUCCACUUAAGUAAAUCCAAUGGAAUCAACGGAUUUGUUGAGUGCCUGCAAGUUAAAAAUACCAGAGCUUGCAUGGGUUUUAUCUGGAUAUUGCACUUACUUUCCACAUUCCAAAAACAUGCCUUAUGUUUAUUGAAAACUCGAUAUGUGCCCUGUGAUUGACUAACAACCACUCCAUAGUGUACACCACCAAGUCAGGACAAGAACGCAUACUGCACAGACUGAACGGAUGAAUUCUACUGAACUGUGAUGCUUGUUAGAAAGAGGAUGUGACCGUGGCAUUAGCAGACUUGUACAUGUGUUUCAGGUAUUUAUCUAUACAGUAUAUUGAAACUAGUUUGUCUUGAUUAUUCAUCUUUAAACUGUGAAUGCCAUCAUUUAAUGUACAAUUGUUGUAAUGGUGAUCACUGGGGGGGAAUCUGCAACAUCGUUUUAUACUCUCUCCACUGUCUUGUGACGUGAAAAUAAAAUAUAUUUUUUAACUAU